AUGACUACUUUUGUAGGAAACAUUGAAACUUCAAGUUUGAAAUCUGGUCGACCUUCCAAAACGGGAAUAUUCCAGGCCGACCACACAACCCAAUGAUCAACGCCGGCGCGAUCAUCACCUCGUCGUUGAUCAAAAGCGGCAUGAACAUGUCGGACCGGUUCGACUUUGUCCUUCACGAGUACCGCAAGCUGGCCGGUGGUGAACACGUUGGAUUCGAUAAUGCCACGUGAGUUGUCUUAUGUAGCUGCAACUUGUCACGUUUUUAUCUCGGGCCGAAAUACCGUACACCUUCAGAUUAUGGGUCUUGAAGCGAAAGCGCAAAAGUGUCAUUUUUCCUUUUUUACUUCAAAAAAAAAACAGUGAAAACUCGCCCUGAAUCCACUAUACACAAAGGGGGAGCGCCAGGCGAUUUUAAGGGAUUUAGUGACCCCUCAAGUGAUUUCAACGCCCCUUUAGGGUUCACUUGAAGACCAGAAUUGCCCCGCAAGUGCCACAAUGACAUUCAUACGAGAUACUUUCAUUUCUGUAUCUUUAAAAAAAAUCUUCCAGAUUCCUCUCGGAACGCGACACUGCGGACAGAAACUACGCUCUGUCGUACUACAUGAAAGAGAAUAACUGCUUCCCGCCAAAAGCCAAGGUGAGAGAAAAGCAAAGCUCCAUCGAUAAAGCAUCCGAAAGUCAUCGUUUCAGAGCCUUCGCGAAGAACUCGACCUUUACUUCCAACUGUGCUCCUUGGAGACAAAUUGCGAUACGUUGGCUGUCAUGGCCGCCACCAUGGCUAAUGGAGGUUCAUUUUUGGAAAUAGUCUAGAAAAAACAUUUUUCAACCUUCUAAAAUGUCUCAAGCUUCCCUUCAUGCUAAAAUAGCUGAUUCACGGCUGGCUUGAGCCAUCGAAAAAUGGGACCUGACACGAUAAUAAAAGAUACGGGGGCUGGUUAGAGCGCAGACAGACCACGCCUCGUUUGCGUCCCAAGAAUCGGCUACAUCAAGAUUUCAGAAGACUUAAAGUUACCUAAAACGAGUCCUAUCAAGUCUAAGUAUAGGUAGAAUCUUCAAAAACUCCUUUUAGGGAAACUUUUUUAAUCCUGGGUUUUCAAAAUUUUUUGCCAAGCCCCUGAUGCUAACCACAAACUUCUAGAUGUUGAAAUUUUUAAAGUCAAGUGCAACGUCUCAUAUAACUCCUAAGUAUUGCUAGGAUCGUCUAGGAGCUCAUUUUGUAGUAGAAACUUGAUCAACUCCAGAAUCUUCAAAAAAUGUUUUCAAGCUUCUAAACCUUCUAUUUUUCAAUCUUAAAGUUCUAGAAGAUUAAAAAUAGAAAAUUGAUCAAUUCCAGAGUCUCUGUAAAACAUUUUCAAGCUUCUAAACCUUCUAUUUUUCUAAUCUUAAGGUUCUAGAAGAUCAAAAAUCGCUACUUGAUCAAGAGACUUUUAAAAAUUUUUCAAGCUCCCAAAGUCCCUUUUUCGCGACUUGAAAGGACUUCUCUGCGCCCUCCUCAUCUUUCAUUGUCUCUCUCAUGUUCACGUGCUAUUUCCAUGUUUCCUCUCUGAUGAGGGAAUAGAGAGACGCAGACACGCGAAAAAUGUAAAGUCGUGGCGGACGGACUAUAGAAACUUGAUCAACUUCAGAGACUUCCGAAAAAAUUUUCAAGCCUCUAAAGCUUCUAUUUUUCUAAUCUUAAUGUUCUAGAAAAUUAAAAAAUAGAUACAUGAUCUUCCAAAAAUUUUCCAAGCUUCUUAGUCUUCUACUUUUCUAGUCUUAAGAUUGUAAAAAAUUUGAACUUUUACAAGUUCACCACAACUCCCAUAAGUCUUGAGUAUUCUUCUGAGAACCCUCUUUCGAGUGGAAAUUGCAUUUUUCUGAACUUGAACACGUUAAAAAAUUUCAAAACUCAAAAAGUCCCUAGUUAUCCAAUUCCAGGCGUCUGCCCACUCACCGACGAACGUUGCAUUGCUCCACAACCCUGCCGAGACGUUCUUUCUCUCAUGUACUCAUGUGGAAUGUACGAUCUGUCUGGAAAGUUCGCCUUCCAGGUAGAAUCCAAAAAGUUGGAAAAAUGGAGGAUAAAUGAUUAAGGUGGGACUCCCGGCUAAAUCCGGAGUGUCUGGCGUCUUGAUCGUCGUCGUGCCGAAUCUGAUGGGCAUCGCUUUAUUUGCACCUCCUCUGGAUAAGAUGGGCAACUCGUGCAAGGGUGUCGCUUUUUGCAAGGUUAGGAUCGAGUUGGAAAACCAAGCAAAAAUAAAAACUAGGAGAUCCCAAUAACUAACCUCAAACUUCUUGAGUUGAGGCUCCCUUUUGAGCUCGAACUAAUCCUGAAAAGGAGCCGGAAAUUAGGUUAGAACUCUCAGAAAAAUCAUUUUUCAUUUUCUCCUAUUUUUAAAACUUCUAAAAACGCUAAAAACGGACGGUUUCAACUAUCUCUUCCAUUCUAUCUCAAAAAAAAUCAUCAAUUGACCUCCUUUAAAAAAAUGGCAAAAAAAAUUUUCCGAAAGAGAUUCGAACCCUGACCACUGCUUCACAGUGCAAAGACGCUAACCACUACACCACGCCGCCCGUUGCAAGCCAAGGCAACUUCGCGAGUGAAAUUAGCUCUUGCGUGCAAACUUUAAAGGACCAUAAAUGCACUAAAAGGCAAAACGCGUAAAAAUUUUGUCUUGUUCUCGAUUCAGAAGACCUGGAAGUACAUCUCAGCAAAGUUUGAUCAAAUUCUCAAACUGUGUCUUUUUGCACUUGUCAGGAAAACCCCUUUUCGGCAUUCCUAAUGGGGUGAGGGAAGGUGAGCGAGGCGUCAAAGUUCCUGUAUUUACAAAAAAAGUAAGUGCGCGCUUUGGAUAAAAGGGCUGUGACGUCACAGCUACCUAUCGUUACAAAUGAAACUGAGUACUCAACGGCAUGAAGAAUAUAUUUGGCUGCGUACUUGAGAUUACAAAGGCUGCGUACUUGAGAUUACAAAAUUUCGCGCCAAAAUUUUUUGACGUCUCCCCACCCCGUUUGGGCACGCUGUGCAAAGUAGAUUUCUUUUUUACGAAGUAAAAUAGUGUUUUAGGAGUUGAUUAUGGUUUUGUAAGCUCCCUUUUCUCCUUCUUUCGAGCUCAGAUCCUUUUAAAAGAUAGUCAGAAGCUGGUCCGACUUUCAAGAAGCGUUCUACGUUCUCAACCCUCAAAAUUCCAGAAACUAAUCGAAAACUUCAACUUCCACAACUACGACAGUCUGCUGCACGCCGACUCGCAGAAGAACGAUCCGCGACGUCGCGUCGGCGACCGCGAUACCGAGCUGGUCAUCUCCCUGCUGUUCGCGGCCAAGAACGGCGACCUGGAGUCGGUCCGUCGGAUGUUCCUCCAGGGCGUCAACCUCGAGAUCGCCGACUAUGAUGGUCGCACAGCCUUGCACAUUGCUGCCGCCGAGGGUCAUGCUCAUCUCGUCAAGUUUUUCCUUCACGUCGCCAAGGUCGACCAUCGGCCGAAGGAUAGGUUGGUUUUUAGCUCACAAAACGACAGAACCCUUUUUGGAAUGCCGAAGAGGUCCCUAGAGGGUCUCAGAGGCCAUCAAAGGUUCCUUUUUCGCUUUCAAAUCAUUAAGAAAAAUCAAACUUCCACUAUAGGGACCACUUAAAGGGGUCAGACUCUAAACGCCUAUAUGACCUAGCUCACAGAAUGACAGGACCUUUUUUGGAACGCUGGAGGGGCCCCUAGAGGGUCUCAGAAACCAUAAAAUCAAAAAAUAAAUGAAUCAAAAGACCACUUUAGGGACUGCUUAAGCUUCAGAGUGGUCAACUGUAAACCCCUGUAGGGACCACCCUCUAGGAAGCACUAUUUUGUUACCUACAAGGGCUAAUUUUUCCAUAACCCCUCUAGGGACCUCUCAGGCGUUCCCAACACAUCAAUAUAAAUAUCAUGGUGGUUGGGAACGCUAGAGCGGUCCCUAGAGGGGUUAUAGAGGACUCAUACCGGGACCUCUCUGGCGCUCCAAACACAUAUCAACAAGAUUAUUUGAUCCCUUACCCAUCAAAUCUCAGAUGGGGCCGACUACCGGUAGAAGACGCCCGCACGUUCCACCACGACGAAUGCGUCGACCUCCUUCUCCGACCGAUUCUCGAGGACGUCGGCUCGAAGACUUCGGUGGUGCUCGAGGAGGACGAGACGUCCAGCGACGACACCGAGUCCGACAGCGACCAGAGCACGGCGAGUUCCAGCACCGCCGGCCUCGCCUUCACCUCCUCCCGCUCCAAGAAGUCGUCCUACGUCGAGCAGCAUCAGCCGACCCAGUCGACGCCGCCCAAACGAGCUCCACAGCAAGACCUCGACGUCCAGAGAAGAUUCUCAGUGAAGACCAAUCUCCACUUCUCCUUGUUCAGAUUGUUAUAG